GGAACAUAGUCAGAAACACAGCAGAGACGAUUUGUAAGGUUGUUUGUUAGAUCAAAUGAAGCUCACAGCAUAUAUUAAUUGCUAAAUACAACUCGCACGUUCUUCCCUAUCCUCUUUCUAUCAUUCUAUCUCUCAUCCAUCAAUCAUCAAUGCCCUCACCUGUCAGCCGACAACACCAUUAAAUGAAACCCCUCUCUUCCUCAGCUUCCAUUACUGACUUACUGUGUGUGUAUAUAUAAAUAAUAUAAUCAUAUAUAUAUAUAUAUAUAUACACACAGACAUCCCCACCCUUCCCUCACUCCAAACUCACAAUAUUUUUUAAUUUUAAAGAAAAAAAAAAGAUUGGGUUUUUGAACUGCCCAGACCGUUAUUUGGUCCCAAACUGUACUUGUUUUGUUCAUCGUACUGUCUUGGUUUAAUCUGUUGUUUCUUGUUAGUGUUACGUCGGAAAAAAUUAAUAAUAAUAGUUGAGUGGUCGUACGUAUAUCAUAGUUGUUGCGGGAAAUUAGGAGUGUGGGUUGUGUAAAAUGGCGCCUUCGGGGACUACUGUUGUUGUCUUGUUGGUGGCAAUUCUGUUGUGUUCGUUUGGGUCGGGGAGCUCCGGCGCCGGGGAGUUGGAUUUCAUCCCGUCGGAGUGCUUGAGGGUGCCGGCGACGGAGUUCGUGGGAUCCGUCAAGUCCACCUUGGACGCCGUCAAGGAUGUCGCUUCCGCCGUGGCCAAAUUCGCCAAUGUUUUCGGCGACUUCCGGCUUGCUACGGCGGUUUCCGAUUGCCUUGAUCUGCUGGACCUCUCCGCCGAUGAACUUUCUUGGACUCUCGACGCUUCCCAGAAUCCUAAUAUCGGGAAAAAAGAUAAUAGCACCGGAAAUCUGAGCGAUGAUUUAAGGACAUGGUUAAGUGCUGCACUGAUCAACCAAGAUACAUGCAUUGAAGGCUUCGCCGGCACAAACGGUUUGGUCAAAAACUUGGUGGCCGGAGGCUUAAACCAGGUAACCUCCUUGAUCGGCGACAUCCUCGGCAAGGUCCGACCGGUCUCCGACGGCAAGACCAAACCAAAAAGCCCCAUCAGUGGUGGCGGAAAGGGUAGCGGCGGUCAUCAUCCCGGGGGCGGCAGAAAGUUAUUCAGUAAUAAUAAUAUUGAUGAUCAGUUAAAGUUUCCGGGUUGGCUGAAACCCAAAGACCGGAAACUUCUGCAGUCCGGCGGGGUGGCGGCGGAUGCGGUGGUGGCGCUCGACGGCACGGGGAGUUACAGUAGCAUAAUGGACGCCGUUUCUGCGGCCCCGGAAUUGAGUAGCAAACGCUUUGUUAUAUAUGUGAAGAAGGGAGUUUACAGAGAGUAUGUGGAAAUCAGUAAGAAGAAAUGGAAUAUAAUGAUGAUCGGAGACGGCAUGGAUGUUACCGUUAUUUCCGGUAACCGGAGCUUCAUUGACGGUUGGACUACCUUCCGCUCUGCAACAUUCGCCGUGAAAGGCCGAGGAUUUAUAGCACGAGACAUUACGUUUGAGAACACGGCGGGGCCACAAAAGCACCAAGCGGUGGCAUUCCGAUCAGAUUCCGAUCUAUCAGUGAUAUACAGGUGCGCUAUGAGGGGUUACCAAGAUACUCUCUACGCACACACCAUGCGUCAAUUCUACCGGGACUGCACAAUCACCGGCACAAUUGAUUUCAUCUUCGGCGACGGCACCGUAGUCUUCCAAAACUGUCAAAUUCAGGCGAGGAAGGGCCUUCCCAACCAGAAGAAUACCAUCACGGCACAAGGCCGAAAAGAGUCAACCGAACCCACUGGCUUCUCCAUCCAAUUCUGCAACAUAACCGGAGACCCAGACCUCAUCGCCGCCGGAAACUCCACCGCCACCUACCUCGGACGACCGUGGAAGCUGUACUCACGAACCGUAAUAAUGCAAUCGUUCUUGAGUAAUGCCAUAAAGCCACAAGGGUGGCUGGAAUGGAACGGGAAUUUUGCAUUGAAUACACUAUACUACGGGGAGUACAUGAACUAUGGACCGGGGGCCGGGUUGGAUAGCCGAGUCAACUGGCCGGGUUAUCACGUUAUAAACGACUCUACUCAGGCCGACGACUUCACGGUGGCACAAUUUAUUCUAGGCAAUUCUUGGUUGCCGUCGACCGGUGUCAAAUACACUGCUGGUUUGGGAACGGUUUAAGUUUGUAUGUAGAAAGAGGGAAGGGGAUUUUACUUAAGAGAUUGAUUUUUCUACACUAUCAAAUAUGGCUUUGGAUGUCACUCAUCAUCCACUUUUAGAUGUUAAUUGUAAUUUGUUGCUAUAUAAAGGGUGAUAAAUUAUAUUGUUACUCAACGAACAUGAUAUAUCUUAAAGUGCAUGUUCGUUGAAACAUAAAAGAAUAAUUCAUGUUGUAAUGUUUACUGUUAAAGAAAUAAAAGUUUUAUCAUUAUUUUGUGAAUU